UGACAUACUAUUAUAUAAACUUGACCUAUUUUUUGAUAUACAUAUUGACCCAAAUAAACAGCUGAUUAAAGAUAGAACAAAAUAGGUAAACAUGGUGCAAGCGUGGUUGAUGGACUCCUCUGAAGAGGACCAAAGAGCCCCACAUCACAGGGUCCCUCCUCAGUACCUCACGUUAGAUGACUUAAAAAGUUUGGGAGUUUUGUACUGGAAGAUACCAGUUCAAAAUGUUGACGAAUUAGACAAAUUACGAAAAGAAAGAGGAUACUCAUAUGAAGAUCUUAUUGAGUGCAGUCGAGAAAAGUUGCCGAACUAUGACGAAAAGUUGAAGGACUUCUUUCGGGAGCACCUCCAUUCUGACGAAGAGAUCCGAUACAUUGUAGACGGAAGUGGAUAUUUUGACGUCCGAAACAAAAAGGACGAGUGGAUCCGAAUUAGUUUGGCACCAGCUGAUCUUCUCAUAUUACCUGCCGGUAUUUACCACCGCUUUACACUUGAUCAAAAUAACUACAUCAAGGCAAGACGAUUUUUUGUUGGAGAGCCCGUGUGGACCCCUAUUAAUAGACCAGCAGACGAGCAUCCUGCCAGGAAGGAGUAUAUGACCGCCUUGACAGUUGAAGCAUAGUACUGAUAUCAACCAUCCAUGAAGUUAUAUUAGUCAUCCCCUAGAGAAAUAUUUCAGCUUUUUUAAAACAGCUGCCUUUUGUAUUGAAAUCGUUGUGAUCAUUGAUUUAACUAAGGACGUUGCAAUAAAGAUUUAUGAAGUUGA